UGUGGGAGGGAGGGGAGGGCGGCGGAGGGGCCGAUGGCGUCGUGCUGGAGCCGGGCGGUCCCGGCGGCCGAGCUGCUGCUGCACCCGGAGCUGCUGUCGCACGAUUUCCUGCUGCUCACCCUGGAGCAGAAGAACAUAGUUGUGGAAAACGAUACGAAGAGCAGUAAAGAUGGACUUACGGACCUUUACGUUCAGCACGCAAUCCCUUUGCCGCAGAGGGAUCUGCCGAAGAGUAGAUGGGGUAAAAUGAUGGAAAAGAAAAGAGAGCAAAAGGAAUCGAAAAAUGAGAGUAAAAGCGACGUGGCAGUGGGAGGCCUGCGGAAGCGACCUCUCAUCGUCUUCGAUGGAAGCUCAACCAGUACAAGCAUUAAAGUGAAAAAGACAGAGAACGGGGCCAACGAUCGCCUGAAGCCUCCACCUUCGACGCACACCACCAGCCACCCCCUCCGCAAGCUCUCUCAUCCCUCGUCACCUUCCGUUUCGCCCUCCGUCUUACCUACGGACGUUAAAGUGCCAACCCCAAACGGCAGCGAACAGAACCACGACGUAGGGACUGGAAGGAGUUCGCUGGCUAAUGUGAAAUCCCCUCCAUCGUCUCCGGUCGGCAGCCCUGCCGUCGUGAAAUUGAAGAGGGCCGCUCCCAAAGAAGAAGUAGAGUCAGUGAAUGACCUGAAGCCCACGGAAGCCAAGAGGAAGAUUCAACAUGUCACGUGGCCCUAAACGAGUGGGCUUCCGGGAAUGUAAAUAUACUCUGUAGCAGUAGGUUUCAGAAGGAAUAGGUCAGGUUUUAUUGACCGCAGAAAAUACCACAUUUGCAGGGAUAGAGUGCCGUGAAUUUUCCUCAGAGGUUUAAAACAACCUUGCGGAUAAGUACGAAGAAAUAUAACAGUCCAUAACUCUCUUUUAACCAGCCUGCCUUGUUCACCGGUAGUAAAUAAGAUAAGAUUGGUGUUCUCUUUAUUACUCACCUAAAAAUAAUACAUAACUAAUGACUUUCAGUUAGUAGCCCCUGCACAUCUGUCAUAAAGCCUCCUCAUAUUCUUCAGCGAGCAUCCAUUUUAACAUUCCCUCAAGGGAGCCACCCAUAUCCAUUACAGCAUCCAACAGGCAAGUCAAAAGUUAAUCGGGCCCCCGUCCCCUGACUUGAUUGCCUCAGUUGUUCCGGUCACCCCUUCGCUCAGCUCGUUUUUCUUGGCUUUUGCCAAAGUCGGUCCCUUCUCGCCUCCCUCAACCAGGAAGAACAGAUUUGAAAAGCUUUCCAGCACCCAAUCGCAUACUUCCGAGACUAUUGGACAGCGAAAGCUUGUUCUAAACAAGCUCCCGAGACUCGCUUUAUGGCGAUUUAGUUAGAAAUAAGGUUUCUGAGAGCAUUCUGGAACUUUUUCUUUCCAGUAAAUUGUUCACUUCUGUGGCAUUCACAAAAAUGAGGUUGUCAACAGUCACAUCCGGCCGAAGCUUGGAAAUCGUUUUGGAAACAGUGUCUUGGAAUUUUCACUCUUCUCCCUUUUUUCCCCUGCUUAAUUUGGUGGACUUUUUCCCACAGGGUAUAGUCAGAAUGAAAAAAUACAGGGGUGCAGAAUAAUGCGUUUUUUUCCUCAGAAUAAGAGCAAAUAACACAAGAGCGAAUAUCAGAAUUGAUAAUAAGGAGAAUAGAUGAGCAGCACCACUGGAAAAUCAGAUGCCAAUAAGAUCUUGUUUCUUCUAUAGCCCCCCAUGGGGGUGAUUCUAUCACUGAAGGAGUUGCUGGUGGUAGUACAGACCCCCGUCUCUGUGAUCCGGAUGAUAAUAUAAACCCAUGAGCCGUGCCAGUCCUGGGUCGGAUCCCAGCGGUCCAUUCAGCCCAGGAUUCCGUCUCCAACAGUGGCAACAGGAUGUUGGAGGAACCAUGUGGUAAUUGCCCUCUUGAAAAAUGACCAUACUUGUCUAAUUUCCUCCACCAAAUAACCCCCUCACUCCCCUCUCCCUCUUUGUAGACCCCCUCCAUCCCCAAAUUUUGAAGGAAAGAAAGUAUUUUUGUAAGCAGUGAUAGACGUGCACCCCAAGGAAGGAAGACGAGAGGGGUCAGAGUGAACUAAUGCCAUGGAAUUAGGCUCAUCCAUAGGGGAAGGGGUUUUUUUUGGUUUAUUGAGGGUUUUUUUGUUUAUUGAAAGGUUUUUUGUUUUUUCUUUAAUGUGCACAUUUGUGGUGGGAGUAGAAAGGACCAGAGUGUGAAAAACCCAUAAAGUCAAGAUCGAGGCAGGCAGGAGAUGGGGAGUUUAUUAUUUAAAACUGCACUCAGAGAGGAAGGAGGGCGGUAUUAUUGGAGUUCCUUGUAGGCAAGGAAAAGGUCUUUCAACUCUGUUGUAGUGUACUCCCCCAAGUGCUUAGUGCAGUGUUCUGCACCCAGUAACAGCUCAGUAAAUGCCACUGAUUGAUUCAUUGUAUGCAGUACUUUUCAGAGUGCAGUAGAGGAGAGGCAGUCUCCCCUCCUUACCUCUUUUUUUUUUUUUUUACUCUAUAUUUUACUGCUCCCUCUAUUGUAAGACUUAAUUCCCUGUGAAGUAGCCCUCCCUUUGUUUGGGAGAUGCCAAAAUUCUAUAAAAAAAGUGGGGCAAUUAGUGACUAAAUAUGGUUUUAGAGAAUUUAUAAUCACCCAUCACCUUCAUUUUUCGUUGCUGUGGGGAGGUUUUUUUCCCCCCAAGCUUCCCAUGGUGACUUGCAUUUCCACGCCUGAUCUUGGGUCUCACCCUUUGAGUCUUCUGCUUGGUAGAAUUCACUUUCAACUCAAAGUUGGCUUUUCCAAAUUUUGUAGAGAAGCUUCUUUCUCUGCUAUAUCCGAGGUGGGUGGCUCUUAAGAAGUCUUGUAAAAUAUUUAACGAGUAGCUUGGCAGGUAAGUGCAAGCCCCUAACCCACUUUCAUUUUUCUUUUAAAGUCGAUUUGUCUUCCAGAUUGUGGGGGGGGUGACGAAAUGUCCGUAUGAUCGCCUUCGGAUUUUUAAAAAAUGGCAUCUGAGGGUGACGGUGGACGCUGAGGCUGCUGGAUGUACCCCGGGGCAAGAAGGGUCUUUUUUCAAACAGUCCAAGGCAGAGGAAGCAGGGAAGCAGGCACUGCGGUUUAGGCCACUUACCCACGUGCUACUCCGGCAUCUGGCGGUGUUCUGUUUUAAACUGCAGGCCUGGCCAUUACCAUGACCAAGUGGUUGAGAAGUGGAGGUUCUGCUCUGCCCCUAUCAGAUAUUGGGACCGGGUACCUCAAACUGCAAGGAAAUGGCCAAAGAACUGCUUGUCGUCCCAUCCCCCAUUGCCUGCCUCCCUCCAAACGGCACUGCUACCAACUGGGUUCAGUUCCUGGUCCAUUCGGUAAUCAACAGUCUCGAAGACGGGCCGUGAAUAUCUGAAAGGUGAUAUCUGGCUUUCAAGGAUCUGUUGCAACCCUAGACAUUUAGGGAUCCUGAGAUUGGCAGUGAGCUCAGAGAGAAGGAUACGUUAUAUUUUGUGUGCCGUAGACCUGCUCCUCUCAGCUGCAUUGUUCUCUUGGCCAUUUCAGUGAAAGUUAGCCCGCCGGCAGUUCUUGGCCGGGAAAAACAUUUUUCUAUUGCUUUUAUUAUUCAAAAUGAAAUUCAUUUUUUAUUCGUGUAUUUAACAUGCAGAUUAAGUUGGUAAUAAACAGCUGAACUGUGUAACAAAACUUUGCUUCACAUUGAAGUUGCUGUUAUGGUCAUUCGAAGGUAAAUGCUCAACUGGGAGCUCAUUGAUGAACUCUUUAUGUGUAUUUUUUGUUCCUGAUUGAAUCUUAGUGGUGAAGUCAAAAUGGAAAUGCGUGUCAUGCCCUUCUCUUCAUAAACUGAACACAAGACACUCACCACAUCUUACCACUUUUGCCUGCUGUUUCUCUUGAAGUCAAUAGAGAACUUUUUCUCCUGAGGGUACCUAUAAAAGGACAGAGUGAGGGAGAAAAGUGAAGAGGGAAGUCACGUCUGGAACCUCUCUGCAGUGUGCUUUCACCUCUCCUUGUGAUGGCUGAAACAAGCUCCAAAACAAUUUGGUUUAGGCCUCCAGCUCUUUUUUUUCCCCCCAGUAGCCAGUUUUAUCGGGUCUCACUGCUAAACCCUGUGGGCCAUUAUGAGGCAGAUCCUCCCAGUUUCUAGCCAUCCCUGGGUUAUUGGUAGAUAAAAGGCCUUGGCUUGGACUAGUGCUCAGGACUGUCAGAGGAGGACAGAAGCCCCCUUUCCCCUCCUACCUCAAAGCUGAAAGUCCCAUCCUUCUCCUAGGGAGGAAAACCCUGGCUCAGCUCAUGUUGCCCCACCUCCCCCCCACCCGCCUCCUUUAAGCCCCCGGCAACCAUUUAGUAAAUUCCAGUUUCAUUGCAUAAAUUUCCGUCAUGGCCUGAAACUGUUAACCUGUAUCGUCUGUGGCCCCAAAUUUAUGAGAGCUUAGGCUUGGGAAAAUCUGGCUCAUUGAGGAGUUCCAACAAGAUGAUGUGAUUGUCACUACUUGAGCUUUUCAUCAUUGAACUUCCUUUUUGCACUAACUUUUUCCUUGACUUAAGCGCCAGAAGGUAGCAUGGACAGGUGGUCUGAAAAUUUGUUCAGAAACGACCUAUUUGGAAGUUACAUGAAGUGAAAGUAUCAGACAGUAGAUUGUAGAGAGAGAUGUCCCAAAGAGCUUCCCUGUUCACAACUGUGGAGUUCAGUUUAUUUUAGAUGCUGUAAAAAGUGGUUGGGUUAUUCUUUCUUAUUUUUCAGUGUGCUCUUUUAACCCUUGCACAGGUUUUGUACAGCAAAGUUUAACACUGUAAUGUACAUUUUUGUAUGUAAAGAGCUGUCUUUUAAGUAGCCAUAUCCUUAUUUAAAUAAAAUGAACAAAAAUAA